AUGGAAUCUUUAGCGCCAGGAACUAUUGAGCCGUCGACGCUAAGCCCGGUGACAGCUAAUGGCUUGCAGGAAAAGAGGCGAUUUAAUGCCAACGGCGAGCCUGAAGCAGCCGCGGUGGGAGUAAACGGGAUAGAAAAAGUGGUACGUGCUGAAGAGGAUAUCGUGGGCCAUGACUGGAGUAAGGCCGCGAAAACCAAGUACCUCGCCGCGCAAUCUACAGUGCUAGAGUACUUGCUCACUGGCCCCCUGGUCGUUAAUAUUAAAGCUCUCUUCUGUAGGUACCGCACAUGCACAAGCUUUCCGUGGAAUCAGGCGACAACCCGUGCUGUGCGGGAUGCAUUAGCUGAGAUGCCGUGCUUUAAUUUGCUUGUGGUGGCAUACGAAUUCACCGAACCAGUGUGUAAUACGAAGCUCACGCGGUCGACCAUUGGGCACAUAAAUGAAAUUGCACCCAAGGAAUCCUCAUGCGCGUUGUUGGCUGUCGGUGUAAGUACAAGUGCAUACAAGUAUACUGAAUGUGCCACCGGUGCUGAAUCGCAAACCUCUGGCGUCGUUGCACGGCAUGCCUCCGCCACCUUCGGCAAUGAGCUUGACCAGCUUUUCCUUCACGGCAAUCUGAGGCAUGGCGAUUGA